AUGGACGGCGGCGAAGAGGAAUUCACUCCCGAAGAGGAUAAGGCGAUGCUGGAAUAUCUGCAGGAGAAGGCGGGGACGGCGCGUACGCCGACGAAAGGAAUGGAGAAGUUCUGGAAGGAAUACGUGAAGCACAUGGGAGAUCGGAACCGGCGGUCGGCAAAGAGCAUCCAGAAGCGGUAAACAACUCCGAAAAGACUUAAGGAGAAGUCAAUAAAAACAGUUUAGGUUCCGCAAUGAUCUUUCGGAGAAUCUGCAUCGCAUGAAAGAGCUCGAUUUCGAGACGAGAAUCCGGAUGAUCUACUUUUCGCGGACCAGACUCGAGCAAGAGUUUGUGGAGGAGUUGCGUGCGAGAGGGGCGGAGGUGCGUGUGACCGAGCUCCGAUAUCUGCGAGAGUACAGAGAUAAAGGAGUGCUCGAGUUGCCGAGAGAGCCGGAAACGGUCCCGAAAAUCGAGGAUUUCACGAAACUAGAAGACUGGGAUAUGUUCGAACACCUCUGCGACGCUGCCAAUGCGGCGAAAGAGCCACUUUCGAUGCACACAGUUUGGAAGGAGUUCUGGCGAAAAACCAAUUCGAGGCACUCGGUGAACGCGAUCGAGACACGAUUCCGGGUACUGAUGGCUCCGAAACUGGACGUUCUACCGAUGGCCGACGACACCAUAGAAACCCGCAUCAAAAUAUUCUAUUUCACACGGACCCCGGUGACACAACGCUUUUUCGAUGAUCUGGAGGAGGGGGGCGACGUGGAAUUGGACGAGAAUCGGUGUAUUCUCAAGUUCAGAAGCGGUUCAUUUGUACUCGGAGACUUUGACGAGCAAAACGAGCGACCGUUCAGUGAGGCGGAGGACAAGGAGAUGUUGGAUUUCUUGUUGGGAAUGGCUGAGAACGAAGAGUGGCCUGUGAAGCAGAUGGAUGUUUGGAGGAAGUUCAAGAGUGUUAGCGGAUCGGAUCGUCGUGAUUAUGUCAUUCGCAAUCAGUAAGUAGUCUCUUCUGUUGACAAAUAAAAAGUUUAAGUGCGAAUAACAGAGCUGGGUGACGUCACAUCAUUAUCAACAAUAUUUCAGUGUAAUCUACGUACCUUCCUAGUUGACAGCGUUUUUGUACUACCACCCCUAAGAGAUCUUUAGCCUACCAUGAAUAAGAAUUGCUUUAAAGAGUUUCGCUCACCCGGGACAGUACGCAAACGUGUCCUGGUGAUCGGUCAGGGAACGUUCAAGAAUGUCACAACUAUCACUGGAAAUAAAAAAACGAAAAACGAUGUUGCAGUUUCACCCAAGCUCUAACGCCAAAACUGGUCGAUCAGCUCGACGGAGAUGCCAGGAUCAAAGUGCUAUUCGCAAUGAAAGUUCCUAUCAAUGAGGAUUUCGCGAAUGAGUUGAGGCAAGAGGCCGAACUGGAGCUGGACAGGAAACGACAGAUUGUGUGGUACAAGGGGAAAGGAUUGGAGCUGGAGUCUGACGAAAGACCGCACAAGAAAAGGGUUCGGGAAGAGGAGUUUCCCGAUUCGGAGAGCGAAAAUGAAGACGGAGAAGGAGAGGAGUGCUUCACUGCGCAAGAGGACGCCGAAAUGAUACAGUUCCUGGUUGAAAAGACUAAAAAUACGAAACAGCUUCUCAGUCCCAGACAGUUAUGGGAGGAGUUUGUGGAUUCGAACGGAUCGACGCGGACGUUCAGCGCAGUCAGAGCCAGGUUUUUCCGUCAAAUCUUCCAAUUGAAAUUCCUUCAUUUCAUUUCAGAUUACGUCAUUUGAUAUUCGAAUUUGUCCAUGAAAACCAGGAACUUCAUCUCGUUACAAAAGUUAUUAUGCUGAUGAUGUACAGAGUUCCAAUCGAUCGGGAUCUCCUGAAAAGGCUGAAACAUAAUGCGAGCGUCAAAGUUUCGGAGGAUUGGCGGAUAGUGCAGUUCAAGGAGUACAGGGAUGGCGCUGUAAAUUUGCGUGUUGAGGACGAGUUAAAGCGGGACAAGGCGGCGAUGUUAGAGUUCCUGGUGGAUCAGGCACAGGCACCGAAUUAUCCGCUAUCGUUGGACAACUUUUUCGUUGAAUGCAAGCGCGUCAUGAACACGGAGAGAUCUCUGAGAAGUCUCAGUCAACUGUCAGUUUAUCACAGAGAUCACAGAGUUGAGAAGCCCUUGUAAUUGUUUCAGUUUCCAUCGAUAUUUGCGUCCAAUUCUUAAUCGCCUCGAAGAAUUUCCCUUGGCCACGAGGAUCGGAAUGCUAUACAUCACGGAGACGCCGGUGGAUGAGAGUUUCGAGGAAGAGCUCAGACAAAGAGCCGAGCUGAUUUUAGACGGACAACGAUGCAUUUUAAAGUACAAAGAGCACGACGGAGUACUCGAGAUUCCACUGACAGUAAAAGAGAAAGAGCCGGAGCCGGCACCAGAAACGACGGACUUCAGAAUGUUCCGUUCAAUGGAGAAACUAUUCGAGAAGCAGAACACUGUUAUUGCAAAGUUGCUGGAGAAGAAAUGCGUUCCGAUGGAGGCGAUGACGAGCAAGAAGAAGUUUCUGACGGCAUUCCAGAAGUUGUUGGACGAAAUAUGCACUCCUGCUCUCGCGGAACUCCGCCAAAAGGUCGGCGCCCAAAUUCGGAGGCUGGAGGGGCAAGAUGAGGUGGAGAAGCUCUCCGUUACCUGAUUUUAUUAAUCUUUUUUGUUCCAGAAAGUGCCCGCGAAAACGGUUCGAGCAUCUAUUGAACACGUUCUAAACUUGAUCGAAUUCUGAUUUAAUUUUAUUGUUAUUUUUAUCACGAAUCCACCUACUUUGUCUGUUUCAGUAGAACUUUAACAGAAAGUACAAUAAAACGAAGAUUGACUAAACAUUUUUUGAAAAUUGUUUUUAUCCUUUUCGUAUUAUAGGGGCACCGCACAGAAAUGGCGCUCUGUUGAGAAACUCUUUUUGUAGUGCAAAUUGAGCAACCUCGGGGCCGAGUUUGAAAAGUUAGGCCACGUUUUCAGUGGAAAAUUACUUCGCGGCCUAGAAAUUCGGCCAGAUUGCGAACAGAGCGCCCUUUCUGUCCGGUGCCCCUAUAAUAACUUACGACGCCCUUUUUGUACCGUUCGGCAAAAAAUUGCGGAAAUGGCUGAGGUUUGCACGUCGUGGCCGAACUUUAGAGAAACCUAAGCCACGACAAUUUUUCAACGGAAACCUUGCUUUUUUCCGAAAAUUUCAGUGAAAAUUAGAUCAUUCUUGUUAGAAAAAGCGGUCAGGAGAUUUCCAAUUUUUUCUGAAAGCUUUAUGCCCCGUUUUUUGAGUGCAAACAUAAAAAUCGAUUUACUAGCCUAAUUAUUGCACAGAAAUGGCGCCGAGCUUUUCAAAAAAGUCAAUAAUCAGUAAAAUCCCUCUGGAAGCCAUCAUUUUUUAAAUAACAAUGUUAUUGCGUCUUUCAAAGGUUUUAGUGCUUUUGAUCGGAUUUCCAGGUGGAUUUACACAAAUAUCUGGCUGAAGUUGGCUUUUGAAAUCUUACGCCGUGUGCAAACGUUGGAAAGCUUUUUGUGCAUGCGCCUUUAUCACGGGGUCGUGACGGGUGCAUCGAAAAUUAAAAUUUGAACUUCCGCCAGUUUGAUUGACUUCAAGAACUUUACAGCUGAGAAAGCGGAUCUCAAAAAAGCGAAAGCUAUCCUGAUUUCCAAAGUCUCAAAUCUUCAGUCAGAAGUCAAGUGGGGAAACGAGAAACAGGGUAAGUUGGAGGAGCAGGUGAGUAAGCUGGAGGGGGAGAUGGGUAAGUUGAGUGAGGCUCUUAGAGUGUCUGAAUUGAAACUGAGAGAAUUGGAAUUCGAGCAUUUCUCGAGUCCAAUUACUCCAAAAGUUCAGGCACAGGUGCAGGUCGACGGCAGUGAGAAGAAGCCGGACAACGUGCCGAAGGAUGAGAGCAACGAGCCGAAGGUUGACGACGUCGUGAUGUCCGAUGGAGACACCGUGGAGAAGGAUGAGGACAUCGUGAUGGAGGAUAGGGACCAGAGUUGA